GAAAGCCCAGCCCAGGCACCCUAGAAGCAGUUUCCUGUUGCCAUCCUCCAAGAUACUUAGAUUCCUUCAGACCUUUGAGAGAGAGGCUGGAGUUUUCUCAGCUGCCCUGUCCUUGAGGUUUCAAGCAAAGAUGCGAGCUUGGAUUUUCUUCUUCCUCUGCCUGGCAGGCAAGGCGCUGGCAGCUCCACAAGAUGCUCUGCCGGAAGAGAUGGAAGUUAUAGAGGACCCUGCAACACAGGAACCUGUUGGAAUCAACCCAGUCCAGGUGGAGAUUGGCGAAUUUGAAGAGACCACUCUGGAUGUUGAAGAGAUUGUGGCUGAAAACCCCUGCCAAAACCAUCACUGCAAACACGGCAAAGUCUGUGAAUUAGAUGAAAACAACACUCCAAUGUGUGUAUGCCAAGAUCCUUCCAGCUGCCCAACCAGCACUGCAGUGUUUGAGAAGGUAUGUGGUACUGACAACAAGACCUAUGACACCUCCUGCCACUUCUUUGCCACCAAAUGUACUUUGGAAGGCACCAAGAAAGGACACAAACUUCACCUGGAUUACAUUGGACCUUGCAAAAUCAUUCCUGCCUGUCUUGAUACUGAGCUGACUGAAUUCCCUCUGCGUAUGCGCGACUGGCUGAAGAAUGUGCUGGUUACCCUGUACGAGCGGGAUGAGGAUAACAACAUGCUGAAUGAGAAGCAGAAACUCAAGGUGAAGAAGAUCCAUGAGAAUGAGAAGCGCCUGGAGGCUGGAGAACACCCAGUAGAACUCCUUGCCCGUGACUUUGAGAAAAACUACAACAUGUACAUCUUCCCUGUGCAUUGGCAAUUUGGACAGCUAGACCAACAUCCUGCUGAUGG